GUUGACAUCGCCUUUUUAUUAAUAAGCCUUAUAAUGGGCUACAUCAAUGACGUUUAUUGAUCCUGUAAAGCGAUCCAAUUGAACUCUUUGCUACUUCAUCCCGAGAGUCCAUUGGCUGACAGCUGUUCUCGGUUCUCCACGGCCCCGCCUCCAUCUGUCAGGCACUGCGCUGGUACAGCACUGUGUGUCUGUUGAUGCACUGUAGUGAGAUACUACUCUUUAACUUUAUACGCCUUGGAUGGACUUUUCCUAAAAGACUGAAUACUGUUUGUCAGCAGAGCUUGUGCAAGGCGCGUGCGUAUCCAAACUCCGCCGUCUUGAAUAUUUUUCUCCACUUUCCCAAGCCCUCUUUUACAGUAUGAAGUGCAGUUAUGGCAAGGAGUAGCAAGUCAGUAGCGAGGACCCUGGAGGAUUUGACGCUAGACUCGGGUUAUGGUGGAGCCGCCGACUCCUUCAGAUCUUCCAGUGCGUCGCUGUGCUGCUCAGAGGCACAUGGGGGGAAUCACUGGCAUUUAACCGACUCGAUGCACAGUCGACACAACAGUCUGGACACUGUUAACACGGUCCUGGUCGAAGACGCCGAGAUCCUGGAGAGCACCGGGCAGUGCGCGAAACUACCCGAGCUUGAGGAUGUGCCGUGGAGCCUCGGGGAAGUGGCGAGCGCACUGAUCAGGGACGAGGAGAUGAGCCUGCAGACCCCCCCGCAGGACGUCCUGCUCAGGCUCUCGGUGCUGGUCAGCCGGGCCCUGGUCAGGGUAGCUAAGGAGGCGCAGCGCCUGAGUUUGCGCUACGCCAAAUGCACCAAAUAUGAGAUCCAAAGUGCCAUAAAGAUCGUCCUUUCGUGGACCGUCUCGAUGAACUGCAUCAGCGCGGCCCUCAGUGCCUUGUCCCUGUACAACAUGACCACAGAGGAGGACAAGUUCAGCCGCGGUAAGUCGGUGCGCUGCGGACUCAUCUUUAACGUGGGGAAGUUCUUCAGGUGGAUGGUCGACAGCAGGGUUGCGGUCAGGAUCCACGAGCACGCCGCGAUCUACCUGGCUGCGUGCAUAGAGAGUCUCUUCCGCGAUGUAUACGCGCGGUUGCUGCGCAGUGCGCUGCUGGAGCGGGAUAACGGGAUCCCCAAGUUCACUGUGGAGAUCCUGGAGCAGGCCGUCAACAGUGAUGCAGAGAUAUGGGGGGCUCUGCUGCCUUGGCAACACCUGAUCUGUGGGAAGAAUGCAAGUGACUCGCACAUCACAAGGUCACCACAAGAAACAGCAGAAGCCUUUUUGCAGCUGACUGAUAGUCACAUCUUGGCAGGUGUGCUCAGCCUACCUGAGGGUCUGACUCUUCACAGGGACCAGCAGCAGCGAGUGGGGAAGAGCGGAGAGGGAAACGCCUACAGUCAGCCUGAGUUGCGUUCCGUUGAACAGUGUUUACUGGCUACAAGAGUGGGCAGCAUCUCGGAACUCAGUGACCUGGUGUCCCGGGCCAUGCACCACCUACAGCCGCUGUAUAUGAAGAACCACAACAAUGGGACGCCAAUCCACCAGAAGAGCAGUGUGAUUCACUGGGCGCCCGAGGCGAUCUACACGCUAUGUUACUUCAUGCACUGCCCUCAGAUAGAGUGGGAGAACCCCAAUGUUGAGCCCUCCAAGGUUACCUUACAAACAGAGAGGCCGUUCAUGGUGCUGCCACCUCUGAUGGAGUGGGUGCGCGUGUCCGUGGUUCACACGGAACACAGACGCAGCUUCUCUGUGGACAGCGAUGAUGUCCGGCAGGCUGCCAGACUGCUGCUGCCUGGAGUGGACUGUGAGCCCCGUCAGCUUCGAACGGAUGACUGCUUCUGUGCCUCGAGGAAACUGGAUGCUGCCUCUACUGAAGCAAAGUUCCUGCAGGAUCUGGGCUUCCGUAUGCUCAGCUGUGGACGCACAGACCUGGUGAAGCAGGCUGUCAACCUGCUGGGGCCUGAUGGUAUCAACAGCAUGAGUGAGCAGGGGAUGACCCCGCUGAUGUACGCUUGUGUCCGUGGAGACGAAGCCAUGGUACAGAUGCUGCUGGAUGCGGGAGCUGAUAUUAACAGCGAGGUGCCAAACUCAGUGCACAAGCACCCCUCAGUCUUUCCCGAAACGCGGCAGGCGACGCCCCUCACUUUCGCUGUGUUACACGGACAUGUGCCUGUGGUGCAGCUGUUGCUGGAUGCCAAAGCCAACGUGGAGGGGUCCCUGCAGGAUGGGAUGGAGAACUACACAGAGACCCCGCUGCAGCUGGCUGCUGCUGCAGGUAACUUUGAGCUUGUGAGUUUGCUGCUGGAGCGGGGGGCGGACCCCAUGGUGGGAACCAUGUACCGUAAUGGCAUUUCCACCGCGCCGCAGGGAGACAUGAACUCCUACAGCCUGGCAGCAGCUCACGGACACAGAAAUGUGUUCCGUAAGCUGCUGUCCCACACGGAGAAGGGGAAAGGGGACAUCUUAUCCCUGGAAGAGAUUCUGGCAGAGGGUUCGGAGCUGGAAGGUAGAAGUCAGUCUCAUAUUGACCUGAUCCGAACUGGGAAGGCCAAGCUUAAAGCCCUGAAAGAAGCCAUGUAUCACAGUGCAGAACACGGGCAUGUAGACAUCACCAUAGAUAUAAGGAGCCUUGGGGUUCCAUGGACUUUGCACACUUGGCUGGAGUCUCUGCGCACAUGUUUUCAUCAGCAACGCCGCCCUCUGAUCCAGGGUCUUCUGAAAGAGUUCAGCUGCAUUGAGGAAGAGGAGUACACUGAGGAGCUCAUCACGCAUGGCCUGCCUCUUAUGUUCCAGAUCCUCAGAGCUAGCAAGAAUGAGGUGAUCAGUCAGCAGCUGUCUGCAACCUUCACCCAGUGUUAUGGACCCUACCCCAUCCCAAAACUGGUGGAGAUCAAGAGGAAGCAGUCGUCACGCCUGGAUCCUCACUUCCUGAACAACAAAGAGAUGUCAGAUGUGACCUUUUUGGUGGAGGGGAAGCCAUUUUACGCCCACAAAGUCCUGCUCUUUACAGCUUCCAACAGGUUUAAAACUCUUCUAGCAAACAGACCUUGCGGAGAAAACACAUGCAUUGAAAUCAGCAAUGUCAAAUAUCACAUUUUUCAGCUGGUGAUGCAGUAUCUCUACUUUGGAGGGACAGAAGCUCUGCACAUCAGGAACACUGAUAUUAUGGAGCUUCUGUCUGCAGCCAAGUUCUUCCAGCUGGAGGCGCUACAGAGGCACUGUGAGAUUAUCUGCUCCAAGAACAUUAACACUGAAACGUGUGUGGAGAUCUACAACCAUACCAAGUUUCUUGAUGCUCCAGACUUGGCGUCCUAUAUAGAGGGCUACUUCCUAAAGAACAUGGUAAUGCUGAUCGAGUUGGAGCCAUUUAAACAGCUGCUGUACGACACACCUCCGGAUAGCCCCGGCUGUGACAUCCUGCAGGCCCUGGAGAAAACCCUGGCCAUCCGCAUCCAGUCCAUCCACCUGUCCUCCUCGAAGGGAUCCAUCGUCUGAUCUCAUGACCUUUUCACACAGGAUCAGAGAAUAUUUAUCAGAGCGAUAUCAGAGACAUGACACUGUAUUGAGAUGUAUCUGAGUGUCGGAUCAUUUCAAGUGAAAGAGAAAAAUAAGACUUGUGGACUGUCCAGUUCUUUGUCUCUGUGAAGCUCAUCAGUUGCUAAUAUGCUUCUUGUUAUCUUAGCACAGGUUAUACAUACAUUACUGUAACAAUGUCCCUCAUUCAGCAAAUAUUUCUCAGUUAUUGUUGAACUUAAUGGAUCAGGUGGGACUAUCAAAACUCAGAGGAAGAGUUGCAACCAACUGCAACAGUCAGAGCAUCUGAAUACAUGGCUCAACGUGUUGAGACGAUAAACAACCUCAGCGUAAUGUGAUAAGCCAUGAGUGUAUCCUUUCCUGGCUGUGAGGAAGAACUACUGCCUCAUGUUGUGAUUAUUUGCUUAAACAUGUGUACCUGUGCAGAGUAAUUUGUAUAUUUGUCAGUCACUUAGCAUUAUCUGUGCUGAUUACUUCUUAAAGCCAAACAAGACAAUUAACUGACAGGUACCUGUAAUGUGAGUGACGCAAAAGAGGGACUUUCAUCGCGUAACUUUGGGCAACUGGGUGGGAAAGAGAACUUUUCCUUCCUCCACUACUGUGUAAAUAUUGUUCAUAAAAAACAGAUAAUGUAAGUUAAUGUAUAUAUCCACUGAUGUUUUCUCUCUUUACUGUUAGAUAUCGCUGUAAAAACAAAAAGCUCAUCUUUUAAAUAUCUGUGUUUAAAUGUUGCAUGUCAGGGGGAUGACUGUGUUUUGGUUUUUCUGUUUGAACUGUUGGAAGAUAACAUUGAGGAGCUGCUUUCACACUUAUAAGACUGGAAGUUGGGCGAGAAUAUUUUUGUCAUCAGCAUGGGUCACUAGAUGUGUAACAGUCAAAUAGUGUCGCCAUUUCGUGUGUGAGAGGCUCCAGGCCUGUUUAGUCCUGAAGUGGGAACAUUAUGCUGUCAGCUGUUUUCCAGGGAUUGUGAAACCACAUGACAUGUAUAUGUGUGACUUGAUAUAUCUUUCCUCUAUAAAGAUUAAUAUAAAGAAUA